AUGGAUCAGUUCACAUCACACAGCUGUGCCCUCAGACCUAUCGUGCGAGUCUACGUGCCAGUGCAAUGUGCGAUCCUGGACACGCGAGUUUGUGCUGCUUGGGGCUUCAAGCCCGACAUACCUAUAUGCGUCGAACUGUGCUUGCCAGCCAGCGGGUAUGCCUUUGGAGCUGUCAAGCCCUACAUGCUUACGCAAAUCCGGCAAGAAGGCUUUCCCGAAUUUGCUUUGGAGAAACAGCUUAUGCAGAUUUUGACAGAAUUCUGCUCGGUCUGCAGCUGCACGGCGUGGGAGAGCUUCGAGUCUGGUGGAGAUGACAUCCUUGAAGAUGCUCCUGACAAGGUGUACCAGCGCUUCAGGUUGAAGAAGCAGAGACUGACUCUUGAAGCGCUCAGAAACAAAGACCUUGGUUUUCUCAGCUGUCUUGGAAGGUAUUUGCAGCUGCGCAUGCCGACACUACAUGAAUACUGCGCGAUAUGCGACUCCCCUUUCACCCUUCCGCCGAUGAUGAUGCGUGCAGUGUGCCCGCGUGAACUAUGUACCUAUCAGUUUGGGGAGUUCGGCAGCAAGAUUACGUCUGCAGAGGGGAUGAACAAUCAUGCUGAAGUGGUGGACUUGCUGGUCUGCAUGCUUCUGGCAGCAGUAAAGUCUCCAAGAAGGCAUCUUAUACUGGACCCAUUUCCAAAUGUGUCGGUGGGAGAGCAGCUACAUGAGGCUGUGUGUUCACACAAAAAGGACUUCGUCCGUGUGGGAGAGGGCCUACGUGCGGUUUUGCACCCCGAGAGCAAGGAUUUCAGCAAAUUGGAGACCUACGUGCAAGAGCUGCAAACCAUUCGUACACGUGUGGGAAAUCAACUCGGUGCUUCCUGGUCUGCAAAAACGUCGUCAAUGUCUGCAGAGGCCGCGGCCCUUCUGAAGUGGACAGUCGCAUCGAACAGAUCCUUCUUGGCACCCCUGCAGGACAACGAGCGAAUUGAAGCCUUCAGGACGCCAUUCCAGUAUCUUCUCAUCUCAGCACCACCAGACAAGGAAGCACGAUUCCAGGAAUUGAAGAAGCAGUUUCGCACUUCCUUCGCUUUUCACGGCAGUUCCUCCGAGAACUGGCAUUCAAUCCUGCGGAACGGCCUGAAGAACGCAUCGAACACAAAAUUGAUGACAUGUGGGGCGGCGCACGGUCCCGGCAUCUACCUCUCCACUGCAAGCUCAUGCUCGAUGGGCUACACACGGUACUCUUCUGUCGUGAGUGAGGAGGUGGUGGCCUUGAAGCGACAGAAAACCGGCAACCGAUUCGUUGAGAAUCAGGGUGGUCUUGUGAUGAUGGCCGUCUGCGAGGUGGUUGAAGAUCCAAGCAGGUUGCGGAAGCCAAAUUCACAGAUUUGGGUCGCGAGCGAGGAGGAGCUGGUCUGCACUCGCUUCUUCCUGGUGUUGAGCGAGGCGGACCACUUCAACUUAAACGUCAGCACUCUCAAGCUGGACAAGGAGAUCCGGGCGCUUGUGGAGAGAAGCCGGUAA